AUGAGCCCGUCUCUCAGCAAUAUUGUUUCUUCUCUGCAGAGAAGUGGAACCUUUAUCAACUCUUUGAUUGCAGCGUUGACUAUUGGUGGGCAACAGCUGUUCUCUUCAUUCACUUUCAGAUGUCCCUGUCAGGUGGGAAAAAACUUCUAUUAUGGUUCAGCUUUUCUUGUCAUUCCUGCUUUGAUCCUUCUGAUUGCUGGCUAUGCUCUGAGAAACCAAAUGUGGACGAUUACCAGUGAAUACUGUUGCAGCUGUGUCCCUCGCCGGAGGAUCAGUCCCUUGGAGCGCAGACUGGCUUGCCUUAGGAUCUUCAGCAUCACCGGGAGGGCGCUUGUUGCUCCAUUAACGUGGCUGGCAGUGACCCUGCUGAAAGGCAAUUACUAUGAGUGUGCAGCAAGUGAAUUUGCAUCUGUGGACCAUUACCCAGAGUUUCAGAAUGUCACUGCCAGCAAACGAGAAGAGAUCCUAGCUGGGUUUCCAUGUGACAGAUCAACUCCUUCUAAUGCGAUCCUAGUAAAAGAUGAAGUAGCCCUUCAGCACAGGUACCAGUCACAAAUGCUGGGCUGGAUUUUGAUCACCUUGGCAACCAUUGCUGCUGUGGUCUCCCGCUGUCUGGCGCAGUGCUGCUCUCCCCUCACCUCUCUGCAGCACUACUACUGGACCAACCACCUCCAAAAUGAGAGAGAGCUCUUUGAACAAGCUGCAAAGGAGCACUCUCGGCUUCUCAUCAGGCAGCGCAUAAAGAAACUAUUUGGCUUCUGUCCUGGGAGUGAAGAUGUCAGACACAUUCGUAUUCCUUCGUGUCAGGACUGGAAAGAUAUUUCAGCACCCAGUCUUCUAUGCAUGGGUGACACCUCACAGGGGCACUAUAGCUUUCUUGGAGACAGGGUAGUUGAGGAUAAUGAAGAAGACAAAUCAGAAGGUAUUGAAUUAAAACCUUGAUAAUAGCACCUUUCACAGUUCAAUUUGUUUAACAGAUAUUUGACUUUAUGAUGAUGGAGUUUCAAUACAAUCUCUUCAUUGUUUUCUCUGUUUAAUGUUUGUUGGUACAUUCAUCCAAAAAUACUAAU